AUGUUCUUCUCAUUGAAUGAAUUAGUUCGUUGGCUAGGACUUACGAUUUUUGAGUUAUGGAUACAGUUGAAUGCUGUGUUAGUCUUUUCAUUGUUGCUAGCUCUGCACAUUGACCGUACUCUGCAAUGUUCAUGGUGGAUUGUCUUCUCACCUUUGUUUACUGCAGAUGCCCUCAACGCAUAUUUUUGUACAAUUGUCUUCAUACGCAUGUACCUGGAAGGAAUGUAUAAGGCAGCAUUAAUGCGCGCGACAUGGAGCCUAACACUACUGCUUUUGCUGUUCGUGUUUAAAUUUUUACUAUGCAAAAAGCUGCAAAGCAUUGAUCAAGGAGGUGGCGGUCUAGAUUUCUCUGAAGUGCUGUCACCAAUCUUUAUUCUGCUACAGCUUGUAGCUGUACGGGCAUGCCAGUUACACUAAGUGUGAAUUUGGCAGGAGGAUAAAAGCCAUGGGACUGAUGAUCAACACAUUUCCAAUCCUAUGAGUUGCAGCCAAGUUUUGUUUGGACUGAUAUUUUUCAUGACAAAUAUUAAUACAUACCUUUUUGUAGACUGCUGCCCUUUAUAUAUUUAGACCCAAUAUUUUCAAGAUAAAUUAAUGCAAUGCAAA